GUGACUCUGUGUGUGACUCUGUGUGACUCUGUGUGUGUGUGUGUGUCGCCGUGUGUCCACCCCCCACAGACGCGAGUGGCCGCGUGUCCCUGUGGACGGUGUCCGUGCGCUCGCCCUGCCCGCUGGCGCGUGAGCCCACGCACACUCUGUGUGCCUCAGCCUCCUCCUCGGGCGCGUGGCUCACCACCGGCGGUGGAGACGGGGCGCUGCGCGUCUACGACGUCAAGACACGCUCGCUCACGCUCACCUGCUCGCCCAGCGCCUCGUGCCACCUCAUGGACGGGCACCGCUCGCGAGUCUUUGCCGUGCAGUGGCACCCAGAGUCUGAGAACGUCUUCCUGUCCGGCGGCUGGGACAAUACCGUGCAGUUCUGGGACAGCAGAAUGCCGCACUCCGUAAGGAGCCUUUACGGCCCUCACAUCUGUGGCGAGGCGCUCCACUUCGACUCCAGCGGCUCCACGAUCCUCAGCGGCUCCUGGAGGAAGAGGCAGGCGCUACAGGUAAGUCUCGCACACAGACAAAGCUGCCCCAGGUAGCCUCCAGCAGGGCUGCAGGGGCAAGUGCUGCUAGU